UCUCACGGUGCCAAGAUGGCGGCGGCGGCGGGCGGCGGCAGUUGCCCCGGGCCUGGCUCCGCGCGGGGCCGCUUCCCGGGCCGGCCGCGGGGCUCCGGCGGGGGCGGGGGCCGCGGCGGACGGGGCAGCGGAGCCGAGAGAGUGCGGGUAGCUCUGCGGCGCGGCGGCGGCGCGGGGGGGCCGGGCGGAGCCGAGCCCGGGGAGGACACGGCCCUGCUCCGUUUGCUGGGGCUCCGCCGGGGCCUGCGCCGGCUCCGCCGCCUGUGGGCUGGCCCGCGCAUUCAACGGGGCCGGGGCCGGGGCCGGGGCCGGGGCUGGGGCCCAAGCCGUGGCUGCGUGCCGGAGGAGGAGAGCAGUGACGAGGAAUCCGACGAUGAGGAGUUUCAGGGUUUUCAUUCAGAUGAAGAUGUGGCCCCCAGUUCCCUGCGCUCUGCGCUCCGAUCCCAGCGAGGUCGAGCCCCCCGAGGUCGGGGCCGCAAGCAUAAGACGACCCCCAUUCCGCCUCCUCGCCUAGCAGAUGUCGCUCCUACCCCCCCAAAGACUCCUGCCCGGAAACGGGGUGAGGAGGGCACAGAACGGAUGGUGCAGGCACUGACUGAACUUCUUCGGCGGGCCCAGGCACCCCAAGCCCCGCGGAGCCGGGCAUGUGAGCCCUCCACUCCACGUCGGUCUCGGGGACGGCCCCCAGGACGGCCAGCAGGCCCCUGCAGGAAAAAGCAACAAGCAGUAGUGGUGGCAGAAGCAGCUGUGACAAUCCCCAAACCUGAGCCCCCACCUCCUGUGGUUCCUGUAAAACAUCGAACUGGCAGCUGGAAGUGCAAGGAGGGGCCUGGCCCAGGACCUGGGACCCCCAAGCGUGGAGGACAGUCUGGGCGAGGAGGCCGUGGAGGUAGAGGCCGAGGCCGAGGCGGGCUCCCUCUCGUAAUCAAGUUUGUUUCAAAGGCCAAAAAAGUGAAGAUGGGACAGUUGUCCUUGGGACUCGAAUCAGGUCAGGGUCAAGAUCAACAUGAAGAAAGCUGGCAGGAUGCCCCCCAAGCAAAAGUUGGAUCUGGACAGGGAGAGGGCCCUUGCUGGAGAAAAGAGCAAAAGCUAGAGGAAGAGGAGGAGACGGAAGAAGAGAAAGACAAGGAAGAGAAAGAGGAGAAGGUAGAGAGAGCUGGACCUGAAGAAGAGAUGAUGCUAGCAGAGGAAAAGGAAGAGGCAAAGCUGCCAUCUCCACCCUCCACUCCUCCAGCCCCUCCAGCCCCUCCACCUGCUCCAUCUUCUCCACCUCCUCCACCUCCACCACCGCCUCCACCCCUCCCACCCCCCUCCACUUCUCCUUCAUCCCCAGUUUGCCCUCCACCACCCCCAGUGUCCCCUCUGCCCCCACCAUCGCCUCCACCGCCUCCUGCCCCAGAGGAGCAGGAAGAAUCCCCUCCUCCAGUGGUCCCAGCUACAUGCUCCAGGAAGAGGGGCCGGCCUCCCCUGACCCCCAGCCAGCGGGCAGAGCGAGAAGCUGCUCGGGCAGUGCCGGAGGGUACCUCUCCUCCCACUCCAACCCCCAGCACCACCACGGGGGGCCCUCUGGAAGACGGCCCCACUGUGGCCCCCAAAAGUACCACCUUCCUGAAGAAUAUCCGGCAGUUUAUUAUGCCUGUGGUGAGUGCCCGCUCCUCCCGAGUCAUCAAGACACCCCGGCGAUUUAUGGACGAAGACCCCCCCAAACCCCUAAAGGUAGAAGUCUCACCUGUUCUGCGGCCUCCUGUUGCCACCUCCCCACUUGCCCCCCCAGAACCAGCACCAGCUCCCUCUCCACCGCGUGCCCCAACCCCCCCAUCUACCCCAGUCCCACUCCCUGAGAAGAGACGGUCCAUUCUAAGGGAACCCACAUUUCGCUGGACCUCGCUGACCCGGGAACUGCCCCCUCCUCCUCCUGCCCCCCCACCGGCCCCACCCCCACCUCCUGCCCCUGUCACUCCAUCGCGGAGACCCCUGCUCCUUCGGGCACCUCAGUUUACCCCGAGUGAAGCCCACUUGAAGAUCUACGAAUCGGUGCUUACUACUCCUCUUGGGGCCCCGGAAGCCCCUGAGCCAGAGCCGCCUCCUGCCGACGACUCUCCAGCUGAGCCUGAGCCACGGGCAGUGGGCCGCACCAACCACCUCAGCCUGCCUCGAUUUGCCCCCGUGGUCGCCACUCCUGUUAAGGCCGAGGCGCCCCUUCCUGCGGCUCCGUCUCUGAGCAACGGGCAGCAGUCUCAGGCUCAGUUACAGCAGCCCCUCCAGGCCUUGUCAAGCCAGCUGCUGCCCCAGGCGCUACCACCACAGCAGCCCCAACUACAAGCGCACUUACAGCUGCAGCCACAGCCACCGCCGCAGCAGCUGUCACCACUGGAAAAGGCCCGUACUGCGGGCUUGGGUUCCUUACCACUGUCUGGUGUGGAGGAGAAAAUGUUCAGCCUCCUCAAGAGAGCCAAGGUGCAGCUGUUCAAGAUUGAUCAGCAGCAGCAGCAGCAGAAGGUGGCGUCUUUGAUGCCGCCGAGCCCUGGAGGGCAGAUGGAGGAAGUCGUGGGGACUGUCAAGCAGAUCUCAGAUAGAGGUUCUGUCAAGUCUGAAGAUGAAUCGAUGGAAACUAAGAGAGAGAGACCGUCGGGCCCUGAGUCCCCUGUGCAAGGCCCCCGUAUCAAACAUGUCUGUCGUCAUGCUGCUGUGGCCCUAGGUCAGGCCCGGGCCAUGGUGCCCGAAGACGUCCCCCGCCUCAGUGCUCUCCCUCUCCGGGAUCGGCAGGACCUCGUCGCGGAGGAUACAUCAUCAGCAUCUGAGACUGAGAGUGUCCCGUCACGGUCUCGGCGGGGAAAAGUGGAGUCAGCAGGGCCUGGGGGAGACUCAGAGCCUGCAGGGUCUGGAGGGACCCUGGCCCAUACACCCCGGCGCUCACUGCCCUCCCAUCAUGGCAAGAAGAUGAGGAUGGCACGGUGUGGACAUUGUCGGGGCUGCCUGCGUGUGCAGGACUGUGGGUCCUGUGUCAACUGCCUGGACAAGCCCAAAUUUGGGGGCCCCAACACCAAGAAGCAGUGCUGUGUAUACCGGAAGUGUGACAAGAUAGAGGCUCGGAAGAUGGAACGGCUGGCUAAAAAAGGCCGGACGAUAGUGAAGACGCUGUUGCCCUGGGAUUCCGAUGAAUCUCCUGAGGCCUCCCCUGGUCCUCCAGGCCCACGCCGGGGGGCGGGAGCUGGGGGGCCCCGGGAGGAGGUGGUGGCCCCCCCAGGGCCCGAGGAGCAGGACUCCCUCCUACUGCAGCGCAAGUCAGCCCGGCGCUGCGUCAAACAGCGACCCUCCUAUGAUAUCUUCGAGGACUCGGAUGACUCAGAGCCUGGGGGUCCCCCUGCUCCCCGGCGUCGGACCCCCCGAGAGAAUGAGCUGCCAGUGCCAGAACCCGAGGAGCAGAGCCGGCCCCGCAAACCCACCCUGCAGCCUGUGUUGCAGCUCAAGGCCCGAAGGCGCCUGGACAAGGAUGCUUUGGCUCCUGGCCCCUUUGCCUCUUUUCCCAAUGGCUGGACUGGAAAACAGAAGUCUCCUGACGGAGUGCACCGGGUCCGUGUGGAUUUUAAGGAGGAUUGUGACCUGGAGAACGUGUGGCUGAUGGGCGGCCUGAGCGUGCUCACCUCCGUGCCAGGGGGGCCACCGAUGGUGUGCUUGCUGUGUGCCAGCAAAGGCCUGCAUGAGCUGGUGUUCUGCCAAGUCUGCUGUGACCCUUUCCAUCCAUUCUGUCUGGAGGAGGCCGAGCGGCCCCUGCCUCAACAUCAUGACACCUGGUGCUGCCGCCGCUGCAAGUUUUGCCAUGUCUGUGGGCGCAAAGGCCGGGGAUCCAAGCACCUCCUGGAGUGUGAGCGCUGCCGCCAUGCUUACCACCCAGCCUGUCUGGGGCCCAGCUACCCAACUCGGGCCACACGCAAACGGCGCCACUGGAUCUGCUCGGCCUGCGUGCGCUGUAAGAGCUGUGGGGCAACUCCAGGCAAGAACUGGGACGUCGAGUGGUCUGGAGAUUACAGCCUCUGCCCCAGGUGCACCCAGCUCUUUGAGAAAGGAAACUUUUGCCCAAUCUGUACACGCUGCUACGAAGACAACGACUACGAGAGCAAGAUGAUGCAGUGUGCACAGUGUGACCACUGGGUGCAUGCCAAGUGUGAGGGGCUCUCGGAUGAAGACUAUGAGAUCCUUUCUGGGCUGCCAGACUCCGUGCUGUACACCUGCGGACCGUGUGCAGGGGCCACGCACCCCCGUUGGCGAGAGGCCCUGAGUGGGGCCCUGCAGGGGGGCCUGCGCCAGGUGCUCCAGGGUCUGCUGAGCUCCAAAGUGGCGGGCCCACUGCUGCUGUGCACUCAGUGUGGGCAGGCUGGAAAGCAGCUGCACCCAGGCCCCUGUGAUCUGCAAGCUGUGAGUCGGCGCUUCGAGGAAGGCCAUUACAAGUCUGUGCACAGCUUUAUGGAGGACAUGGUGGGCAUCCUGAUGAGGCACUCAGAAGAAGGAGAAGGCACUCAGCCAGAGCGCCGGGCUGGAGGCCAGAUGAAGGGGCUCCUACUGAAGCUGCUAGAGUCUGCGUUCGGCUGGUUCGACGCCCACGACCCCAAGUACUGGCGACGGAGUACCCGGCUGCCGAACGGAGUUCUUCCCAAUGCCGUGUUGCCCCCGUCCUUGGACCAUGUCUACGCUCAGUGGAGGCAGCAGGAACCUGAGACCCCAGAAUCAGGGCAGCCUCCAGGGGACCCCUCAGCAGCUUUUCAGGGUAAGGAUCCAGCUGCUUUCUCACACCUGGAGGACCCUCGUCAGUGUGCGCUCUGCCUCAAAUAUGGGGAUGCAGAUUCUAAGGAGGCAGGACGACUCCUAUACAUUGGGCAGAAUGAGUGGACACACGUCAACUGUGCCAUUUGGUCAGCUGAAGUGUUUGAGGAAAAUGAUGGCUCCCUCAAAAAUGUGCAUGCUGCUGUGGCUCGAGGGAGGCAGAUGCGCUGUGAACUCUGCCUGAAGCCUGGAGCCACAGUGGGCUGCUGCCUUUCCUCCUGCCUCAGCAACUUCCAUUUCAUGUGUGCCCGGGCCAGCUAUUGCAUCUUCCAGGAUGACAAGAAAGUUUUCUGCCAGAAACACACAGACCUGCUGGAUGGCAAGGAGAUUGUGACCCCUGAUGGGUUUGAUGUUCUCCGCCGAGUCUACGUGGACUUUGAGGGCAUCAACUUUAAGCGAAAGUUCUUGACGGGGCUGGAACCUGAUGCCAUCAAUGUGCUCAUUGGCUCCAUCCGAAUUGACUCCUUGGGUACCUUGUCUGAUCUCUCGGACUGCGAGGGACGGCUCUUCCCCAUUGGCUACCAGUGCUCCCGUCUGUACUGGAGCACAGUGGAUGCUCGACGGCGCUGCUGGUAUCGGUGUCGUAUUCUGGAGUAUCGGCCAUGGGGUCCGAGGGAAGAGCCGGUUCACCUGGAGGCAGCAGAGGAGAAUCAGACCAUUGUGCACAGCCCUGCCCCUUCCUCAGAGCCCCCAGAUCAUGUGGACCCCCCUCCAGAUAUAGAUGCCCUCAUCCCCGGAGCUCCUGAGCACCACUCACCUGUUCAGAACCUGGACCCCCCACUUCGGCCAGAUCCAAGCAGUGCCCCUCCUCCGGCCCCCCGCUCCUUCUCGGGGGCUCGAAUCAAAGUGCCCAACUACUCACCAUCCCGGAGGCCCUUGGGGGGUGUCUCCUUUGGACCCCUGCCCUCCCCUGGAAGUCCAUCUUCUCUGACCCACCACAUCCCCACGGUGGGAGACCUGGACUUCCCAGCUCCCCCCAGACGUUCCCGUCGUCCCAGCCCCCUGGCCCCAAGGCUGCCGGCCUCACGGCGGGCCUCUCCCCCUCUCAGAACCUCCCCACAGCUCAGGGUGCCCCCUCCUACCUCAGUCGUUAGAGCCCUCACACCUACCUCAGGGGAGCUGGCUCCCCCUGGCCCAGCCCCAUCUCCUCCACAACCCCCUGAAGACCUGGGCCCAGACUUUGAGGACAUGGAGGUGGUAUCAGGACUGAGUGCUGCUGACCUGGACUUUGCGGCCAGCCUGCUGGGGACUGAGCCCUUCCAGGAAGAGAUUGUGGCUGCGGGGGUAGUGGGGAGCAGCCACGGGGGCCCAGGGGACAGUUCAGAGGAAGAGGCCAGCCCUACCCCCCGCUAUGUCCACUUCCCUGUGACUGUGGUGUCUGGCCCUGCCCUGGCCCCUGGCGCCCUUCCUGGAGCCCCCCGCAUCGAACAGCUGGAUGGAGUGGAUGACGGCACGGACAGCGAGGCAGAGGCCAUCCAGCAGCCUCGGGGUCAGGGGACUCCUCCUUCAGGGCCAGGAGUGGGCCGGGCUGGGGUCAUCGGGGCUGCAGGGGACAGAACCCGACCUCCUGAGGACUUGCCGUCAGAAAUUGUGGAUUUUGUGUUGAAGAACUUAGGGGGGCCCGGGGAGGGAGGUGCUGGGCCCAGAGAGGAGCCGCUCCCCCCAGCACCUCCACUGGCCAAUGGCAGCCAGCCUCCCCAGGGCCUACCCUCCAACCCAGCUGACCCCACUCGGACGUUUGCCUGGCUCCCUGGGGCCCCAGGGGUCCGGGUAUUGAGCCUGGGCCCUACCCCUGAGCCCCCCAAACCCGCCACAUCCAAAAUCAUCCUUGUCAACAAGCUCGGGCAAGUGUUCGUCAAGAUGGCUGGGGAGGGUGAACCCGUCUCACCCCCAGUGAAGCAGCCACCUCUGCCCCCUCCCAUCCCCCCCACAGCCCCUGCUUCCUGGACUCUGCCCCCGGGACCGCUGCUGGGUGUGUUGCCAGUGGUAGGGGUGGUCCGCCCCGCCCCACCACCACCCCCUCCUCCACUGACACUGGUGUUGAGCAGUGGGCCCCCCAGCCCACCCCAUCAGGCCAUCCGCGUCAAGAGGGUGUCCACCUUCUCUGGCCGUUCCCCACCAGCGCCUCCCCCAAACAAGAACCCCCGGCUGGAGGAAGAUGGAGAGUCCUUGGAGGAUGCUCCCCAGGGUCCAGGGCUUAGUGGCAGCGGGUUUAGCCGAGUGAGGAUGAAAACGCCCACAGUGCGUGGAGUUCUCGACUUGGAUGAGCCUGGGGAGCCCACUGGGGAGGAAAGUCCAAGGCCCCUCCAGGACCGGUCCCCCUUGCUGCCACUCCCAGAAGGUGGUCCUCCCCGGGCCCCCGAUGGUCCCCCUGACCUGCUGCUUGAGUCCCAGUGGCACCACUACUCAGCCCUGUCCGGAUACGUGGAUUGUCUCAUUACGUAGCGCUGUUACUGAGCGUGGAAGCCGAGCGAGGUACACGAGAGACCGCUUAACUGAAAGACUGCGUAUGAGGGUCAGAGGUGGCGUGAGGAUAUGGCAGUGACCAUGACGGACAGGUCCCCACCCUUAGGGACCACGCCACAUUUUGGUAGAGGAAGCAGACACGUACGUUAGCAAGUGUACUGCAGCUGAGAACGAGCGCCGUGAGAAAGAAGGCAAUGAGAGCGCCCGGGUGAGGCCCCUGUAGUCAGCCUGUCGGGUUCAGGGAACAGAAUGGAGGUGAGGAUGGGGUAAGGGCAAAGAGGAGGUGGAAGAAGUUGUCAGAGGUGAACCCAGGGGCACUGAGGCCUGGAGAUGAUGGGGUCACACAGCAAACCAGGUUUGGAGUCUUGCCUUGGGCUGGGAGGGCAUGUGGUCAGGUUGGCCCAGAGGAGUGGUGUGGGGAGCAAGCGUGGCCAUGUGGGUCCUGCCUCUCCUACAGCACCCUGUACUCAAACUUAGGUUCUUCCCACCCUCCCUGCUCUGGACGGUCAGUCCUCAGACCGCGCCAUACUUGAGUGAGCCGCUGCAUCUGGGCUGAUCUACACACACACACACACACACACACACACACACACACACCCCCUCCCUGCACCCCUUGUAGCACUUCAACUUCCUUUGCUGGCUUCCCACACCCCACCCCUCCUCAUCUCUCUGCUCUUGCCUCCUCGUUGCCCCGGCCUGUCACUUUGGCGUGUCCCAGUGUCCCAGUGCCCCGGCCAUGAAUUCUCUGUCUGCACUUACUCUCAAGUGUUCUCAUCUUUUCCUGGCUCUGGAUCCCAUCUCGUACUCUGACAGCCUGUAGAUUGGUAGCCAGGCUCCUAGAUCCCGCUGCCUGCUCCCUGUCUCCAGCAGGUUGCAAGGGCAGGUUUUCUGAGAGGAAUUUCAGACUCAGCAUGUCCCAAACUCAGCUCUCUACCUUGUUGCACGCUCUCCUCACCAUCUCUGUUCCAGUUGUUCAGGCCCCAAACCUCAGAGUUGUCCUUGACCCUCCGCUGGCUCUCACAUCGCCAUCUCCUACAGCAGCAAGUCCUCUCUGUUUGAGCUGCAAAAUCUUUAGCCCCUGAGAAAUCUCUUAAAUAGCUCAUAACGUACAUGUACUUGACUGUGGGUAGGGGUCUAUAUAAUAAAUUUGUAAUAUUAACAGAGCUGUGCUGCAUAUAAAAAAAUACAUGUGCAAGAUAUCCUCCUCUGGUAUUUUUAAUUUUCUGUGAGAGAAGAACAAGGGGCAGAUGGGCAUUGUUGGUGAACUGGGUUUGAGUGAGCCAGAAGUGUGUCCUGCUGAGCCAGGGCACCCCAGGCUGCUGCCAUGGAAAUGCUCAUCUCUCCGAGAACUCUAACAGAAAAGGGACUGUGGGCUCAUCAGAAAAAAAUAAUGUCCAUCCUGCAGGGCUCAUGGGGCAGUUAGAGCAGGAAGAGAGCCCUCAGCCCAAGUGUCUGUGCUUGUGCAUGGAGAGGAAGGGAGGGGGUUGGGGAACCCGGGGCCCCAGAGUCCAGGAGGGGUGAUCCUCACCUACUCUCACCUGCUGCUUGG